AUGUAUGUACAUAUAUUAUAUAUACAUAUAAUAUAUAACACGAAAAAUAUUGAAAAACGUUAUUGAAGUUGACUACUUGUUACAGUCGAACACUAACAAAUUGAAGAAAUAUUCGAAAAACGCCCAAAAAUUGCAUGACGCAGAAUUGGAAAUUCCGCUACUGCAGAAUUUAAUAUUUGAUAUAUCUUCGCGUACAUCAUUUUCCACUGGCCACAUUCGGUUGAUUCCCAAAGCAGCAUAUAAAUGCUUAUGCCACGGUUGGAAUAUCAACUUAACGCUUAUAAUCCGGAGCUCAGCGUAACAAUAAAAAUGCAACAACAACAGCAACCACAACAGCAACAACAACAACAACAACAACACAUUAAUCAGUUAUUGAAUACUGCAGCAACCGCCACCGGUAUUGUUGGCGAUGUGGACGCCUUACUUACACCCUUACAAAGUAACAACACUGCACCAGCACGGACUGAGCAUGGAAGGGAGCGUAAUUUAUGGCGCACCAACGAAAUCAUGGAGGUAUUAACUAUUAUGCAAGAGAUCAAAGCGCUCGAAAUGCUCAGUGUUAAGACAGUAAAAAGCGAAUCGGUUUUUCGUAAAGUUGAGCGAAUAAUGCAUUUGCGUGGAUUUUAUAAAAAAUCGCACGUACAAAUUUGGACCAAAUGGAAAUUCCUCAAAUCGACUUAUACGACAUCACGACGCAACGGCGUAAUACCGAAAAUGAUACCACAACCGAUUUAUGAGGAAUUACAUAAAAUGCUACAGAAUACCAAUACAAAUUGUUCGGGUCGUUCGACUAGUGAUUGUGGAAAUUCAGCUACAUCGCUUGAUGGUGACGAUUCUAAUGGUGCUACGACAACUGAUAACGGUACUGGCAAUGAAAGCAAAUUGAUUAUAUCGGGUGUUGAAGGCGGCUAUGGUAGAGCAAGUAAGAGUCCGUUGGAAGGUGCUGCUGCAGGACAAGAGUCGGAUGAAGAGAAUGGCCUGGCGCAUCCUAUAUUCGGAUUUCGCCUUGGACUGGUAAAGCAGGAGCCGGCUGAUACGGGUUACGAGCCUGUAAAUGCUAAGGAAAAGGAUUCCACAUCAAACAUACAAUUUCAAACUGAAGUCAAGCAAGAAAUAAAUGAGGGCUCCGCCUCACCACCAGUACCUACCUCACCAGAUGGACAGACACACAUUGAAGCACAUGCUCAAUCACAGCAGCCACAACGGCACACGGUACCAGAAAUAAUGAUAUUAAGUCGACGUCCCGCACGUCCCUCAGUUGCUAUUAGCACAAAUGUGGCAACAUUCACACCAAACGUUAAUAGUACACCCAAAAUAGGAAUAAACACCUUAAAUACACCCUCACAGCCACGACCAAGCACCACAAAUAUAGCAACCUUGACACCGCUGCCACCAUUGCGCAUAGCACCAUUCGCAAAAGUACCACCCGAUGAAAUUACAACAACCAUUUCCAACACCGAUUUGCCACCGCCACCACCACUUGCCAUGAACCCUACUUCCCGUGCAUUGCGAUUAAACAGUGCCUAUAGUAGCGGUGCGAACAUCAGUCCACUAUCAUACCAACGUAAAACAAUUAAUAUCAGUAGCCCACAGACGCUUAACAACACAACUUCAGAACGUCAGCCUGCACCGCGAACAUACCAACGAAAUCAAGAAGUUGUAAUGCCCGACUUGGAUGGGACACCAGCGCCACAUGAGUAUCGCGCGCCACAACCCUUUUUCGGCUUUCCAGAUGGUCCCUCAACCAGUCAACAAGCGCAGCAACAACAAGCUCAACAAAUGGAAGCACGUAAACGACACCUAAAGACAUCACUCUUAAUGAGUACAAUGCAACCGAAGAAAAUAACACGGAUGACUGAAACUGUUACAAAGGCUACACCAGGGCCGACAAAACAAGAAUUUAAUUGUAAUAUGAAUGAUGAUGAACAAAAUUUUAAUUCAAACGAGAAUAAAAAUUCGAGAUACCAGACGCCACCGCAACAGGGCCUGGAACCGCCAUUAUUGGAUAACACCGAAUAUGAUAAAAACCACUCGAGAAUACUGCAGGAUAUGGCUCUUUCCCUGAGACAGAUACAACGGGAAGCAAUUAAUGAUUUCUUUCAGCGUCAAAUGAAGUUGGCUCGCGAAGAACACCAGUUUCAGAUGCGUCAAGACGAGCUGCUGAUGCAAGCGUUCAGGGAACAAGCAUUGCAGUUUCAAAAACUUGGCAAAGAAAUAUUAGGUAGUGCAGUCAAAUUGGAGAAGCGUAAGAAGCGACUGGUUAAACAAGCACAGAAAAAACUCCCAAAUAAUGGAAAUGUACAAACGCAAAAAAUAUCAGCGCGUAAUGGGGAGAAUGUGAAGAUCUUGCAUAAUGGUAAAUGUAAACCAAAGCGAGAACCUAAUGACGAUUUGCAAAUCCAUAAAAAGGAAGUUAAAAUACUGAUGAAAAAUGUCCACGCGCAGCUGGGUUUGACGGACGAUGAAGAUGAAUAUGAUGAACAAAAUCAAUACGAAUACAACAUUAAUGACUACCUACACGAUAAUAGUACAACGGAUUUAGAGCACAAAUCUACUGAAGCAUUGGACAAUUCGGAAGGCAUGUCAUCCGAUAAGAGAGAUAACUAUACAUCCGAUCCCAUACAAAUACUCGGAUAGUGAAAAAGUUAUUUCAAAUUAAAUAUUAUAUACAUACAAACAUAUAUAUUAUAUACAUUCCGAUAUUGAAAUCGUAUGAAAGACAUUAAGAUUUAGAGUAAAAAACUCACUACCCAGUUUCCAUACUUUUAAGGUAUAUUUUUGGUCACAUUCGUGAUCAAAUACUUGUAUUUACAUACAUACAUACAUACAUUAUAAGUUUGAAUUGUUAGGUUGAAAAUAACGUUUUUAGUUAUUGAAUUUCUAUUAAAAAAAAAAAAAAACAAGGAAAGAAAGAAAAUACAUUGCGCAACAUUCCAAAGCCGCACGAAGACUUGAUAUACAUAUGUACAUAGGUAAGCUUAAGUUUCUACUUUUAAUUUUUUCCUUUUACACUCGUUGAAAUAUUAAUUUGAGUUAGUUUAAAUUAUUUUAAGUUAAAUAUGCUUAACAGCAGUAUCAUUUUUUGAUGCUAAUAACUUAAAUCAUAAGAAAUACAUUCAUAUGUACAUAUAAACUAUAAAAUUAAUU